AUGGUGAUCGGGUCGACGGGUUCCACGGCCAAGUUGCUGGAGACGGGAUGGAGACCGCCCAACCACCGCCAAUUGCUGGAUGUUGACGUCGCCCGCGUCGUCGCCUCCUGCCCGGGUCCUAUGCUUCGACGGCUUACAGCAUCCCGCGCCGCCGACGCCUUCCAAGCCGGAAGCUCUCGUCACUUUGUUCACGAUCUGCGGCUGGUUGCGCACCUUUACUUUCUGUGCGACCAUCCCUGUGCGACCUCACUAUACUGCAAGUCUGCAAGGACCGGGCACCCAAGGGCCGUCUUCAUCGAUUCCAACAAGAGGUUCAUGCGAGUUGUGCUUGACCGUCCGUCGCCUGUCAACUUUCCCUAG